UGGUAAUUAUGCUGCAUUUUCCUAUUUAAAUGAUCUAAACAACUUAAAUUCCGUUGCAGUAUCCACAUACAUUAAUUCAAUGAUAAGCUAAAAUAUUCAGUAUUCAGUACUACUGUACUAUGGAAGCAAUACACAAAGCAAGGGUCAGUCAGAAUAAAAAGAAGACAAAGAAAUCAAAAUUUAAAACAAGUGAUGGGAAAGUUCAAGAAUGUUCCUACGAAACCUUGCCACAAGAAGUGGAAAGUUUAACAUUAUCUGACAGUGAAGAACUCCCUCAGGCAGAAGUUGUUAAUUCUGCGGAAACUGUGAUACCAUUUGUCUCAGAUGCCAGUGAAGUUUAUCAAGAGUCUGUAAAUCUUCUGGAAUAUGAAGGUAUCGAUCAUCUUGAAGUUCAGCCAAAUGAACUAAAAUCUUGGCAAGAAAGUAACUUGGCAGAAAGUAGUGAGAUAUCAAACUAUUUCCAGGAUUCAAAAGAUCGACACCAGGGUACUCUAACCGAAACAGAACUUGAUGAAAUUCAUUCUCCUAUCGCAGAGAUAAAUUUGUCUAGUCAUGCCAACACAACAUUUGAGUCGCCAUAUCUUUCAUCUCCAUCAGUCGAGUCAGCUCAAGGCACAAUGGGAUUGUGGGUAGAACCUGGCAAAGAAACAGAGAUUGCCAAUGAAGCAAGUCCUUCUGCCCCCGUUCUUCAAAUUCCAUGUAGUAAUUCAAUUGAAUCGAAUGUUGAUGAGAUAACUCCUGAUACAGGAAGUGUUGUGAAGGACCAGCCAUUCUUUCCGUUUCACUAUAGAGAAGAAGAAUGUGAGCAGACAGUGAAACCAUUUACAUUACAGCAACUCAACGCACUUUACCACAACCAGGAGUUGGAGGGGGUUGACCAGUUUGUCGCUCAGUUUGUUGAGAGUGAAGCUCGCUCUGGAGAUAGUGUGGGUCACCCUCUGUACCAACUUUUGACUAAUUUUCUACGAGCAAGGGCAAAACUUGCUGUCAACAAUGUAGAGCUUGAUGCUUUGAAACAAGAGUGCGCUGAUCAUCAGUCACAUCUGUGGUCUUUGGAAAAGUGUGUCGUCACUGAACGGGGAGAGUGUCAGGAUGGCAAUCCUGUAGAAGCAUCUCACGAGUUCCAGACAGCUCAUUACAACAAGAGCUUGGCUAUGACCCUAACUCGAAGCCUUUGUUCAGUUCGUGAUUUGGUAGCAGAGUCAUUUGCUCUCAAUGCAUACACCUGUGAAGUCGUCAAACUGCAGGUUGAAAAUUACAUCCAGAAACUAGAAGCAGAGUUUUCAUUUCUUCCUCACAACGCUCCUGUAAACCUGAUAUCCGAGGCUCUUCCUACGUUCAGCCAAACAGGCCAAGACUUUAGAGCGGUCAUCAGAGAGUUACGAGCUGCAAUAUCGGUGCUCUUCACAUUCCAGCGGCGGCCGCUGCGGGAUGAAGUGUUUGUGAGUGACUCUCGAGGCUGGCUAGCUCGACUGGUCGGAGUUCUUUUACGAGUAGCUACCUGGCAAGACCAUCUCUUCUUGAUCCAUCAUGUCCUAAGAUGUCCAGCUGGUGUAGGCAAGUGGGCUGCUUGGUUCAUCCAACCUCCAGAUUUGCCUUUCAAUUCACCUUCAAGCUCUCAACACUUGGACCACCUUGUCACUUGUCUGGCUUCAGUGCUGCUUCCUGUUCAGGCCAGAGACCUGUUUCUCAAUCAGAUGGUCGUGUCAGUGGGUGGGGAAGUGGAGGGGGAUUCUGCUUGGUUUCUGGUUGACUCGGAUGGUGAAGACGAAGCAGACACCGUCAGUCUCCGAGAGAGUGAUAUUGUUGCAUUUCUCAACCAAGUGCCUUUUGAUGCCAUUUUCCGUCAGGUGCUUCAGAUCAGUCUAAAGGAUGAGAAGAAUGUAUACAACUCUCAGCUAGUAACAGAUCAUCACAUGCUCAGACUCAUAGCUUUCUGUCACUUGGUGUUGAGCCUGCUAGAGAGUGGACUGAACAACCACGCAACUCUACGCUACAGGCAGUACUCCAAGCGGCUGGGACGCUUAGUGCGCCACACUGCGCAGUACGUCACCGACCAAUGGCAGCUGUUCAGGAGCGAGGGCCAAAGCCAGGACCCAGGUCUGAUGGCCAGACUGUACGUAGAGUAUGAUGCUCUGAUGUCUCGUGCUGUUGCCACGCUGUAUCACAGUCCUCGUAGAUCUGCAUGGCAGUUCCUUGCUGUUCUUCCCUUCGGUUCCAUCUCCACUCAGAGGUUGUGGAAACUCUUCCGUUUUCUCAUCCUGGCCGACGACGAACCUGUUGUUGAUGAAAUACAGUGGAACAUACGAUUGGAAGAGCAGCUAGGUAGACUAUCAGACGCAGAAAUCUACUAUCUACUGACGGCUAUCAACACAAUGGCUCUAAGUAGGACUGAGGAUGACUGGCCAUUCAUACAGGCUACAACUCUUCAGCUGCUGGAGAUUGGUUUUUUGAAUGUAACUACAAGAGACACGUGCCAUAAGUCUGCCAGAAUCAUGCUUGCUAAUCUGACGUCAAAAUAUCCUGCUUUAAUGACGGAUAUCAUAGCCCGCUUAAAUGGCUCUUCCAACUGUGGGAAAUUGAGUCUCUAUCUGAUGAAAGAGCUUCCCAUAGCCCAAUGGCGACCAAAUGAUACAGACCUAGACACAAUCGAGUGCUGGCUGAUCAACAACUCCAUACAGUCAGUCAAACACGCUCUGGCUAGAUAUAUUGUGUCUACGCUUAACUUGGGAUUUGCUACUGAUGAUCUUAGUCAUGAGCUGUUCUUGCCUCGUGGGGUACAUGUGAGACUGGCCGUAAUGGUGCUCAAAACUGCAGUCCAGUGGUGUCCGCAAAGUCCAUCAGAGGGCAAUGCAAUCUCAGACACUGUCAAACAGAUGGCUACGUUGGCAGCUCUAAUGGCUCGACCUAGCAGUUCAGAGCAGGCAGUGACUGUGUGGGUGUGGCAGAUGGCGUACAAGCUCCGUCUACAUCUUCUUGACCAAUCAGAUGCCUCCGUGCGGCACACACUUGCCAACCCCUCUCCUGGCCUUAGUCAAGUGCCUGAGGAAAUGGCCUUAGUAGAAAAAUACCUCAAAAAUCACCAGGCCAUGGCUGUAUACAUGAGUCUACAAAUUACAGCAAUAGGUCAUAAUGUUCCCUUGAUCUGCAGUCGAGGGUUUGCUCUAUUGUCAGUCUUGCAGUCCUGCCAACUCUACACAGCUGUUAUAUCAUUGUUGCAACAUUUAGUCCCGCUUUUCCUAGACUGCCCAAACACACUGAUUAAAUCUGACAUGUUUCUAUCAACAAUUUUAACUCUGCUCUCGGCUGAUCGAACAUUUUUCAAAACUGCUAAGAGCUUGAUAACAACUGACUUUCCCGGACACAUUCUUCAGCAGUUUGGUGAUAUGAUUCACUACCACUUGUACAACUAUUCCAAAUACAACUUAAUGUCUUCCACUCCCCUGGCACAGUUGUGGCUGCAAAUCUUGUGUAUUAUGUGGAGUGAAGAGCCUACCAGUGCUUCUUACCUCAUGGAUGUUGUGCUAUCAUGUGCAUUCUUUCGACCUGACAUCUCAGCCAUGGCCUACGACAACCUGGGCCAGUUAUUACAGACGUUGAUAUCCACUAGUCAGGCCAACUCUCGCCUCUCCUCUCUCUUCAGCUGGAUGUCCAGCAGUGCCGUGGCGUCCUUGGUGCCCCAGGGGUCAUCCUGCCCUCAGGCUCCUUGGUUCGCUUACUUUGCUCUUCAUGUAGAGGAGAUCCACAACCAGGGAUCCAACGGGCUGUGGCGAGAAGUAGUGAAAGAAUUGUGUUUUGCCAGUGGAAAGCCUAAUGUUGAUAAUGCGGUGAAGAGAGCCUGUGCUACCCUCAAACUGUCUGUGAUUCCUGCCUCAGCUCUGAGUGUCUACAGAUGGAGUAUGCAAGCUUUGGAUACACCAGUGGACCACCCCGUGCUACCUCUUCUAUGGCAACGCUUCUUCAUACUUUACUUCACUCGUCUUAUCUCCCCAAACGGUGUGGAUCAUGGAUCUGUGGGGUACAAAAUGUUUGAGGGACUCACAUACCAAACGUAUCACAAACGGCUGAAGCGCAAACUGAGUGACUGUGUUGAGUAUUUCCGAACAAAAGCUGGUGUUCCAGAGAUUUCUCAGGAAAAGCAUCUUCUAUACGAUACACUGUCAAAACUGUACGAGACGUUCUCACUGUGGCUGGAUGAGCCGAGACUGCAUGAGUCAGGACUGUACAUACCUGCACUGCCACUCCAGUACAACCCUUACAAGCUGUCAGUCAUCACGUCUGCAGCUGAACAGAACCCGUGGUACGAGUAUGUGGACUACGAUACAGUGAAAGCAUCACAGAACGCUAGCAUAGAGCAAUGGCAGCGCACUCAGGGCAGAGACAUAACCUCUCAGGCCAAGCCUCCAUUGCUGAACAUAUCAAGCCAAGCCUCCAUUGCUGAACAUAUCAAGUCUGUUAAUAGUUUCAACUUGUUUGACCAGAACCCGUGGUACGAGUAUGUGGACUACGAGACAGUGAAAGCAUCACAGAACGCUAGCAUAGAGCGAUGGCAGCGCACUCAGGGCAGAGACAUAAUCUCUCAGGCCAAGCCUCCAUUGCUGAACAUAUCAAGGCAGAGACAUAACCUCUCAGGCCAAGCCUCCAUUGCUGAACAUAUCAAGUCUGUUAAUAGUUUCAACUUGUUUGACCAGAACCCGUGGUACGAGUAUGUGGACUACGAGACAGUGAAAGCAUCACAGAACGCUAGCAUAGAGCGAUGGCAGCGCACUCAGGGCAGAGACAUAACCUCUCAGGCCAAGCCUCCUCAGAUCACCGAGGAUGGAGACCCGAUACAGCGAAUCAACAAAAGGCUGCAAACUUAUGAUUCUCCACUGCCUCCACCACCACUUAAGUUCCGCCAAGCAGUCGUCCCUUCAAUACAUAGGGAGGCUCUUUUACACAAAGGUGUAAUGCUGGAUUCACUGAAACCUUCCUUUAAGGCCAUCCUUGAAUAUGCUCAGAACUAUAGUCUUAGACUAUCAGAACACACUGCGUUGGAUUGCUCGCUGAUGGAGUUAUUGCCUUCGUUGUACACCCACAUAGAGACGGAGAUUGCACUUCACGCUGCGUGUGACACCACGGACCCUCGCGUCAAGCCUCCGUCCGCACAUGCAUUGAACUGUGCCGGUCCUGCUGUCAUUUAUAUCAAGAUUUCACCCGCUUGCAUCAACGAGGCAGUCCGCCAACAAGUAGACAACAAUCGCAGUGAAGUAGGUGGAUUGCUCAAGAGAUGUAUGCAGUCCCCCCCAACGACUGUGUGUGCUGCUAGUGUUCAUAUAGAGAAUGCUGCUCAGACUCUGGAAAAAGAAUUUACCGAGCUUAAGAAGAUUGGGGAUGUCCAACUGUUAAACCCCUUAAAAGAUGUAGGAGUUGUCCUGUUUUACCAUCUGUGUGAUAUGUUUACAGACGACGCAAUGUCUUAUCCACCUCUUAAACAACUAGUUACCUCAUGUAUUGAAAAACUGGGCAAUAUGUUCAUCUCAGGAGAGGAGAAGGAAUGUGUGAGAUUGUUGACUACAGUUCUGCAGAAUCCUCCUCUAGCCGGGCUGCUUGGCCCUCACUUCACUCCUGCAGCUGCAAGUCCCAACCUGUUUCUGCAGAUGUAUUGCACUUUGGUAGACAGUGAUCAGACAUCACCUGAUUUGCUGUUUGUUCUGCUCAGUAAGUUUGACAUUAACCAGUGGCUGACGUCCCGGAAGCCCAAGCUGAUAGAGAGAUCUCAAGUCAUUGAACUGGCUGGCAAAGCCUUGGCUACAGCUGGGCUGACUCCAUCUCAGGAAUUACUCACGUUACAUGGGAUAUUCCGUAACCACCUGGCGACCAUGUUCAUGUACGACUUCCCGGAGCAUUACGGCGAGGUGUUGUCUCUAGUGUUGCGUCACAGUGAGACGCAGAGCCUAGCGCCAGAUGUGUGGUAUGACCUGGUCAAUGCCAUGGUGGGCGGCAGCAGGCUACACCCUGGGCUCAGCCUGGCUCAGCUGAAGGAGGUUAUUAACCAGUACGCAACUGAGCAGAGAGCGCUGUCUGUACAAGAGCUACGAGACACUAGCAGCUUGUUAGGCAACCACUUCACCAAAGAGAGGCUCCAGUACGGUUUGUACGGACUGUACCCCAAGUACCGCAUCUAUGUAGAACCUCUGAUGGUGUUCCAAGGAAUGAUCGGACAUGCUCUGGUUGUAGCAACUCUGCAGAACGACCGAGGGACCCUCUCUGACAAGUUGUGUGAGCAACUAUGGCCCUACCUGGCAGGUUUGUUCUGCCCUUGGCUGGCUCCGUACUUCACCCGCAAUCUAACAGAGCCCACAGCGGCGUGGAUACAACAGCUGACUGACGAUAGGUCGGUGUUGCCGCCGUGGAUCGUAGCUGACGGAGGCCACGCUCACAAGUUGGCAGCCAUGUUUGUUGAAUGUAUUCGUUUCAUGAUGGACACACUUCCUGCUGCCAGUAGCAAUAUUCUCAGUUGUGUGUGGCAGUUUUACGUUACAAACUACGCACACAACUCAAUCAAGGACCAUAUCCUGAGUGUGACUCAUGGUAACCUGAUAUCACUACCUUGGCAACGCUUCUUUCCUUCGUUACAAGAUAUAGACUUGAUGCUCAAGGUAGUUGACCAAUAUCUACCAGAUUGCCACACCUUUGUGGGAGCAAUAUUCAUCCAAGUGUCGUGGCAACAAUGGAUACAGCAGGUGUGCAGUUCCCAAGUUCCUCAAACCGCCACUAGAGUGCAUUCAGCUCUGUUACAUCUGUUGAUCAAACUAGCCAAUGAGCCAAACGUACGGCAGAGCGGCAAGGUGACCCCACUGCUGGUGGAGAGCCAACAGUUCUCGUGGCAUCUCAUUGAGUGCAGCAACUACGAGGCUGUAGUCAACUGGCUUGUCAUGAGUUAUGAUCCUCGAGUAAUCCUACAGAUACCUGGGGAGGAUUGGAGCAACACAGACAUGGCUGCUCUUGAUUUGUUGGAGACUGCUGCCGGAUACUCCUCUAAAGCUACACAGUUUCACUCAAGCACUCCUAGGAAGCGUCAAAUGUUUGUACGCUCGUGUGUCAAACUGCUACUGUCAGCCCUGAGCAGAUACAAGCAGCUGACCGUGUCCCACCAAGACGAGAUAAGAGCCACUGUUCGCAGGAUGGUGGACAAAGUUGAAACCAUCGUCACAGCGACCGUGCCUGGUCCUCAACGGGUGUCUGAAGCUGGUCUGCUAAUGACGGAGAUCUUGACUUUAGUCAACCAAGGCAACAACAGCGUGGUGGCGUCCCUGACUCUGGAGGCUCUACUAGGGUGGCUGGACACGAGAUCUGCUGCGUCUGUUGUAGUGGCAGCUCUGAUGAGAGUGCUUGGUAUCACAGUUGCCAACCCUGACACAUUGGGAGCACUGCUUGAGGCUAGCCUUACAGCAUUUUUCAGAAAGACUGGAAUGUCAGAUUCGUCUCAGCCAUCUUGGUCCAUGGUAGUACACACUCUCCAGCCCAUAGUCCCGCGCCACCCUCCUCUAGAAGACUCUCUUGUGGCUAACAGUCACUUGCUGUCUUUGUACGCUCUGUCCAUCAAACAUCUGCCCACAUCCUUGGAUGUGCGAGAGGAAGCUAACCUCCUCAACAAUCUGAACCAGUGGUUGGCCUUGGCUAAAAUCAGUGACAGUGUUGAGUCCAAGGUGCCCCUGUUGUGGUCACAUGCCUUAUACUUGGCUUGGCGUCAGUGCGAGUACAGCUCAGAUGCUGAGGCAGGUCCUCUCACUCUACGUAGGAUCACUACUUUGGUGGCUCAGGCUGCCGAUCACCGUGCUGGCGCCUGGGGCUUACUGGGGGCUAUAGGGAUUGUCAAGUCUACAGCACCAUCUAACAAGUGCAAACUGCUAGGCCGGUUCCUAGUAGCCCUAGUCCUGGCUCAGUUGCCUGAAUGUCACAACAACAACGGACAAGACCUUCCUCCGUUUGUGCGCACCAAGCCACACGCACCCGGUGCCAUCUCCUCCAAUACCAAGGAUUACACUCCAUCAGCAGAAGCAGUCAAAGCUCUGGCAAUACUGGAGAGUUGUGCUGGAGACAAGGCGUUCACAGAUCUGAGGACGACAGUAGAGUUCGCAGUAAAAGUUGUGAAACAAGCAGAGAAUUCACUGCAUAACACUCAUCAACUGGUGAUGGAUGUUGCUCGUCAACUCUACUCCGACCCGUUCCUGCACGCUCACCGGCUCACUGACAAGCCUCAGGCUUAAACAUCUCCACGCUCAGCUACCAUUGUGCUUUCAGUUGUUUAUUUAAAAUGUUUUAUUAGUUUAAGAUAAUAAUUCACUAGGUUUGAUUACACAAUGAUUGAGCUAAACACGAGAACAAAAUUGAAACAAUGUUUGUGUAAUGUGUUUAAGUGUAAGUUAUUCAUGCUUAUUAUUUAAAAAAUUAAGAAUGGGUUUAAUUCAAUUUUGAUGUUUGAGUAGGUUUUCUAUGAUAUUAGUAUUUUUUGGUAGAAUUCUAAAGGCUAUUCUAAUUUUAGAAAAAAAAACCCUAAAUAUUUUGUAGGUAUGAGGAUCUUGUUUUUGUAUUCGUUGUUUUUGACAUUUUUGUAUAUUUACUUUGUAUGUUUUUAUUUAAGUGUUUGAUUUGACCAUGAUGCCUAUUGGCAUGAGAGGUUUUAUUUUAGGUACAUAGAAGCAAUUCAGUGCAAUACUCCACAACUUUACCACAAUAUUUUCACUCCAUUCAAUUCAAGCACUACUAAAAUUGUCAAAUAGCCUGUUGUUUAUCAAAGAUGGAUGAAAAUGCACCUUGAUGUAUAAGUCUACUAUUUUCUUACAAUUUUUGACAAAGUUUAGACAAUGAUUAAUUAAUUAGUUCUAAUAUGACACUAAAACAUUUAUUUUUUCCCACAAAAGUCUGUACAAUCUUAUCAGAUUACCUUAAAUGUAUUGUUAUUUUAAGAUUGAUUAGCUUAAGUAAAUUUAAUUUAUGUCAUAGUUCUAGUCCUAGGCUGUGCAUGAGAAUCUAAACCAGUUUUUAUUAUAAGUUUUUGAACAUGUGUCCCAUAAGGGUGGUGUAGUAACAAUAGUUAUUUGUGUGCGAAGUGGCACUUUGCUGCAUAUGAGAGAAAUGUUUAUGUACGAGCCGCAGGCAAGUGUGGAAAGUUUCUCGAGUGCAGAAAAGGCACUUUGCAAUGGCGUUAUUCAUUAUAUUUUUCCUACAUUUACGAUAAAGCAAUAAUUACUCUUUUAGAUACUAAACAUCAAACAACAUGUUAGAGGAUAGGUUAAAUCUAAGAGUUGAAUGAAAUGGGAAACACUGCACCAGCUGAUAGUAGUUGUUGUAUCGUAAGUGUUGCCAACUUAUUUUCAAGCAUACAUGUAUUACAUGCCUAAUAAAAGCACACUGUUUUGUUGGAAUACUGGAGUGCGCCAAAAGAAUUAGUGCGGCAAAAGUAAGCAAAUGCAGCAAUCAGCUACUGUGCGUGCUAUAAUCAGUACAAGAAAGUCCGCUUUGUCAGGCGACUGUAGAAAAAAUCUGUUAUCCUCUGAAUAAUAGUUCAUUUCACAAUUCAAUGAAAAAAACUCGUUUUUGACUCAUAUGUCGUAAUUGUGAUUUGUUAUUAACUAAUCAUUGAUUUUAUCAACUAAAUAUUGAUAAUCCAAUGUUUUGAGUUUUGUUGUUCUUAUUGGUACCAACAUGAUAAAAAUAAUUUAGUUGAGCCAUUUUAACAGAAUAAAUUAGCAGUUGAUUUUAGGCCCUAGCACAGAAAAUGCUUCUUUCAUUUAUCAAAUUGCUUUCUAAAACAGGCUGAAAACAUCCAAGUGUGGUGAAAAAUGUUUAAUGACAAGGUUAGGUUAUACAUUUCAUUUCUUAUUUUUCAGCUUCUUCAUAUGUGUAAAAACUACCUUUUGUGGGUUCUAAAACCUUAACUAAUUUUAGCCUAAUACAACUGCCUUAUUAGUCUUAUUACUUAAAUUUCCUUGUAAUAAAACAAACCUAUAGGUUAUCUUUACAUGUUCAUAUGGUUAUCUUACAUACGGAAACAUGCUUGCUAUUUUUGUAUGGAUUUUUUUGUAAAUUCAUAAGGGGAGACUGAGUAGAUACUAAUGGUACCUACAUUUCCUUGUUUCUUUGUUAAAUCUUUUUUUAUCAUGCCAGUCUAUUUUAUGGCAUAGUCAACUUCUAAUUAAUUGCAUUAUUAGAUCAAAUAAUUAAUUAAGAAUGUACUAUUUUGGUGUUUACAUUAAAUUAUUAUGCUAGGAUCCUUUCCCAGUUAUAGGAUAAAUAAUCUACAUUUUCUAUUUCGAUUUGUAUGCUUUAAAGUACACUCAUGGCUUUAAUGUAGCCUACGUAUUAAAAUAAAUUUGUUCUACCA